AAAUAAUCGAACAUGAACCAAAGCGAGCCAAGUGCACUUUUACUUUCGAGGCAGUUAAAAGAUCUCCAAAAGAAUCCUGUAGAAGGGUUUUCAGCAGGUCUUGUAGAGGAUGAUAUUUAUGAGUGGGAGAUUCUUGUUAUUGGAUCUCAAGACACAUUAUAUGAGGGUGGUUUCUUUAAAGCACAUUUAUCAUUUCCAAAAUCGUAUCCUAUAGAACCACCAACCAUGAUUUUUGAGACUGAAAUGUAUCACCCCAACGUGUACCCAGAUGGUACAGUGUGUAUUUCAAUUCUUCAUCCCCCUGGAGAUGAUAAAUAUGGUUAUGAACAGGCCAGUGAACGUUGGUCUCCUGUACACACCGUAGAGACCAUUUUAUUAUCUGUUAUAUCCAUGUUAUCUAGUCCCAAUGAUGAAUCACCUGCCAAUAUAGAAGCCGCUAAAGAAUACCGUGAUAAUUAUCCUCAAUUUAAAAAGAAGGUGUUUCGUUUAGUGAGACAAUCUGCUGAAAUGAUGUAAAAAUUUCCUCCUUUAAUAACAAUAAAAACUCAAACGUCACGCCAUGCAAAAAAAAAAAAAAAAAAAAAACGCACGCACCUACCUAAUUGUCAUAUAAAAAUAUAUCAAACUCCGUUAUAUUUAUCCUCGAUUUUUUUAUUUUUUUUCCUGUAC